AUGAUAGAUCUAGAUCUCUAUAUCUAAAUAAUCUGCUGUAAUGAAGAUCUAUAGUCUAUAAUAUAUAAUAAUAGAUCUAGAUUCUAGAAGACUACCUCUCACAGUCUCAACUCUAAACCCUCCGCUAUAGAUCAGGCUAUUAGAGCAUGGAAUGGGUUGCCUGAGUUAGCCAGGAAAACCAAUGACAGAAUUUAAGUUGUUGACUAAUUGACCUAGGAACACGCAUUGGAGUCAUGGAUUCACAGAAAUGGUCCUCCCAUAUAGUGAUGUCAUUGACUAUCUACGUGACCAUUAAAUAUUUAUCACAUGGAGGGAUUAAUGCACUUCAGUUUGCAACUUCAGGCGUUCUCUUACUGGAAGGUUUACUUCUGUGGUUAUUCACCUGCAGAUGUUUACAUUGUUCAGCAGAUUUGCAUCAUAUUGGUUAUAGACCAAAUACAUCCUCUGGUGUUUAUUCAAUUUUAUUAGUGCCUGUAGCACUGCUUGGUAAUGCUGCUUACAUUAAAGAUGCUCAAGAAGAUGAUCGUAACAUUCAAGAGAUUUGGUUAAGUUUGACGUCAGUGUUCUCUGUUAUUGUAUGGCUUAAGUUUGAAGCUGUAAAUAGAAUGUUUUUUUUAAUGAUUUCCAUGGCAUUUAUAUUUGUUUUUCGCUGGCUCAGUGUUUUUUAUAUCUUCACCUUUAUUAUACAGUGGAAAGGAAUUACUUUAAUACCAAUGUUCUUACAAAAGACUUUUACUCUAGGAGAAGUAUCAAUUCUUUUACAGUUAGUUUCCAUUUGGAUCCACAGAUUCUUUUGGUCAUUUUUUCAGAAUUCUUAUCUUGCAGAUAAUAUGUUUCAGCUAUUUUGGUUUGAUUCGAUAUUUGUGAUUGCCAUUGUUCUGGCUACUACUUUUGUGUGUCUAAGUAAAUCCUACCUUUCUCCCAUCAAGUUUAUGGCAACUUAUAUUGUCACAGCUUUACUUGCGUUGCUGCUGCUCUUUCAAAUCUUCAAUGAAGAUCCCAUCAGUUGGUUUUUCAAUUUUGUAUUUGGUGGCUGUGUUCAGAUAUUUCUUAUGUCCUCCUGGGCGAUUCUUUUCACACUGACCAUUGUUUGGACAGCCUUUUAUAGUUUGACAGAAGCUAACAAUCCCAGCAGCUCUAAGAUAAAAGAUAUUGACAAAUUCAGUGUCAGAAAAGUGUUUCAUAUACUUAUAUUGCUUGUUUACAUUCCUGGACUUUUGAUGCACAUUCAGUUGCUAUUGAUAGCAUCUGUUGUUACAUUUGGAGUGUUUGUUAUACUAGAGACAACGAGAGCAUUGCAAGUUCCUGUAUUAGGAAACCAACUCCAUGAAAUCCUGAAAGUAUUUGUGGAUGAUAGAGAUCAAGGUCCCAUCUUCUUGACUCACAUUUAUUUAUUGUUAGGAUUAUCACUUCCUCUUUGGCUAUCACCUAACCUUUAUACAUCUAUCAGAGGUUGGAAUGAAAUGUUCAGUGGUGUUUUAUCCCUGGGUGUUGGUGACUCUGUUGCUUGUAUAUUUGGAAGUAAAUUUGGACAGAUUUAUUAUCCAGGUAGCAAAAAAACUGUGGAAGGUACUCUGGCAUCAAUAUUCAGUCAGAUAAUCUUAGUUUCUUUAGCCAGCUAUCUAGGGCUUGUUCAAGUGAGUUCAGCUUUGUCAGUAUUAAUUGGAGUUUCUCUAAGUUCUCUAUUUGAGGCUUUCACAGAUCAAAUCGACAACUUGAUGUUACCUUUAGCUCUUUAUCCUUUUUUAUGUUACAGUUAAAAUUGAUUGUGUAAUGAGGUCUACUGAAUCCCUUCAGUAUUCUAAAUAACUGCUUUUAUUGAUAGAUGUACAUAAAUACUUUUUAAAAAAUACUUACAUUUAUUAUAGGAAAUUUUUCCCUUUUUUUUAAAAAUUGAUUCCUGAUCCAUCAACUCAUUGAAUUAUUGACAUAUUGACUCAAUGUAACUUCACUUUUUAAAUUGAAAUAGCCAUAAAAGCAGCAACAAACAUACAAGUUUAUAUUAUAUUAUAGGCUUUUAUGGGCAAGUAUAGCUAUACAAUUUUCUAUAGUUUUUACAAAUUUCUUCAUCUUUUAAUAACAAUGAAAACACUAAGACAUCAGGCUGGCUUAAUUACAAUGUACCGAUUCCUAAUUGUGUAAAUACAAUACUAAAUAGUUUUCUCUUCCUUGUAUUGUUACGUCUAUGUUGUUUUUUUCUCCCCUUACAUAUUGCUUUUACAGCAGCCUCUGCUCCAUGACCCCAUUGUUAAGUUUAUAAAGACUAACCCCAUUGUUAUGUUUAUAAAGACUAACCCCAUUGUUAUGUUUAUAAAGACUAACCCCAUUGUUAUGUUUAUAAAGACUAAUCCCAUUGUUAUGUUUAUAAAGACUAAUCCCAUUGUUAUGUUUAUAAAGACUAACCCCAUUGUUAUGUUUAUAAAGACUAAUCCCAUUGUUAUGUUUAUAAAGACUAACCCCAUUGUUAUGUUUAUAAAGACUAAUCCCAUUGUUAUGUUUAUAAAGACUAACCCCAUUGUUAUGUUUAUAAAGACUAAUCCCAUUGUUAUGUUUAUAAAGACUAAUCCCAUUGUUAUGUUUAUAAAGACUAAUCCCAUUGUUAUGUUUAUAAAGACUAAUCCCAUUGUUAUGUUUAUAAAGACUAAUCCCAUUGUUAUGUUUAUAAAGACUAAUCCCAUAUCUUGUUACAAGCUCAAGUUGCCUUGCAAUGUCAGUGUUAGUAUCAUCAAACUUAUAUUUUGUAGUUUAUUCAAUUCAGUGUAGCUUUUUUUCUGGAUGACUAUACCUUUGAAUUACCUCCUGAAUAUUUUGACUUGUAGAAAUGAACAGUAUGUAGUUUCAGUAGCAUGAUCCAUUAGCCCUGUUAACUUUAACAGGAGACCAUGUUGUUUUUUUUUACUUAAUUAUUAUGGUUUUUGUAACACUCCUAUGGCUAAUGUUGGCCAUUGUUUCAUAACCUUUGUCAGUUGGAUUGCUUUCCACUUUUAGAGAAAGGACCUACAUGAUUGUUUGUUUUUUUUUAGAUCUUGUUUUACAGUAUUUUAAAGAUAGUAUUUAAGUCUUUAGGAUUCAAUAUUUAUUUAUAUAUAUUUAUUGUCUCAAAGGCCUUUGGAUGUGUGGAUUGUACAAGUACUUAAGUUGUAUUAGUGUGUAGGUGAGAAGCUAUAAAUGGCUUGUGUGACUGACAAUGUAUAGACUCUAGAUUUAAUACAAAAACAUUCAAAAGCCAUUGGAUGAUUGUGUGAGUGAGGUGUGCUUUUAUAGUUAUGCUACUUAUUCUUGGUACUUUGUUAUAUAGACCAUACUUUAUUUCAUAUAAAUAAACAAAUGAUGUUAUGUACAUUCAAA